CAUCCGCCGGCCGGGGGGAUGCUUUGCGCUUCCUAGCCAUGGCCGCUCCAACCGCUGCGGCCCCGCUGUGCUGCCGUUGCCACCGCCCCCCGGCCCGGCCCGGCGGAGGGGAAGGGCCAUAAAGUCUCGCGGGAGAGCGCGGGAGGCGGUUUGAAAGAUGGCGGAUGAGGUGGACCAGCAACAAACAACCAAUACAGUAGAGGAGCCGCUUGAUCUUAUCAGGCUCAGUCUCGAUGAGCGAAUCUAUGUCAAAAUGAGGAAUGACAGAGAGCUUAGAGGCAGGCUACAUGCAUAUGACCAGCACUUAAAUAUGAUCUUGGGUGAUGUGGAAGAAACUGUAACUACAAUAGAGAUUGAUGAAGAAACCUAUGAAGAGAUCUAUAAGUCUACCAAAAGGAAUAUUCCGAUGCUCUUUGUCAGAGGUGACGGCGUUGUGCUUGUAGCUCCCCCGUUGAGGGUUGGUUGAAGCAACAGAGGAUUUAACCUUGUUGGGAAGUUUCAGGCUUUUGGACAAUGGUUCGUGUUUUGCUCAUGUGUCUCAAAAUUCUGUAUGUGUUUUUUUAUAGGCUGGUUUGGGCUGUUCUUUUGGGAAGGGGAGGGAAGGGGACCCAGUUUGUCUUGUGGAAAGUAGAUGUAGUCGAUUGAAGCAGUGUAAACCCAACCUGAUUCUCUCAGAACUGAUGUAAUUGCUGUAAAUGGCCUGCUUUGUCACUUCAGUAAAAGAAUCCUUUAUUUUCUUUUAAUCUUUAAUAGCACUGUCUGAAUUUUUUGUUUUAAAUAAAUUUGAUGUCUCUUUCACACUUGA